AUGGAUCGCAACCAACCCGAAUCCCCGACCCGACCGGGAAACACAGUCGUCCUCUCAAUCGACUGUCUGAAAGGAAGCUCCAAAAGCGAGGAAUGGAGCGGCGAUAUGCUUCAAACGGGAGAUAUAGUGGAAGAGAUUCGGAUCGGGUCAGGACCCGGUUCGGCUAUCUUCAAAGCUCCGUUUAAAGGAGGCAAAGCUUGGCUCCAGAAGGUUCUUCACAAUUCUUUCAAGAACAAAGAAACCACGAUUGUUGUCCGAGUCAGACGUGGCUCUGACGAUUUCUCCGACCUGUCUGCUUGUAUUGUUCCUAACGAAUCCGCCGGUAAGAGACAGUAUAUGCUUAGAUCCAUUGAUGACCCGAAUUACACGGUUGGGUUCUCGGAUCGGACUGAGUCGGAUUGCCUCGGUUUGCAAGCUUCAAGAGGAUCAAGAAUGGUGGAAGCAUUAGGGAGAGCCAAGCUUCAAGAUGGUUUCGUUUCAUAUCCAUGGGAAAAACGAAUGCGAGAAGCUUUACCAAUACCGGGCUCUAGCAAUUUCCUCUCCAUUCUUUUUCUUCCCAAAGCUUCUACUUAUGGAAGGGCAGGUUCUCGGUACAAUGACUUGGAAGACACACUUGCUCGUGCAAAUGCUUGGCUAAGUUGUUCACAAGCUAAUGGAGUUCCAAUCGUCUUUAUGAAUAUUCAGACUGAAUCUUUACUUACUAAGAUAUCUGGAGAAACAGCAUCGGCGACAGUUAAUACAACUUCGCUUUCUGAUCUAUCAAAUCUUGCAAACGUGAGUCUCUAUGGGUUUGAGGAUUAUCACGGAGUUGAUAUUGGUGUGGUGAGAGCGGUUCGGCUUUGGUACGCUCCUCUUGGUGUUGAGUGUCCUCUAGAAAUCAAACUUAGAGAUGAUGACACCAAACUGGGAUUCUCCAUUAGCCGCACUGAAGAGGGUUUCAUUUACGUCUCCUCAGUGACGGACCACGAAGACGAGAGUGCACCAGCUGCAAGAUCGGGCCUGAGCUCAUUGUACAGAGAAGCAGCAAAGGCCUCGCGUCGUCUGGUUGUGUCACGUGUCGGAAACCAAAAGGUAUUGCCGUGGAUGGUUUCCUCCACAGGAGCAAUCCGCUGCUACGACACCGUUUCUCUCAGCCAGAAACUGUCGCUUCACCGUCACGCCAAAGUUCCCAUCUUCCUUCACGUCAUCCUCUGGGAUUCCUCUGCCACCGCUGCUUUCUCCUCGCCGCCCAGGGCAAGUGGCGGUGGAACCCACUGGUUGUUCAGCAACGAAACGCUCGACUCGGCGGAGUUUUCGCGGAGAAGUGAGGUUUUGCCACCGCGACAGGUCGGUGAUAGACAAGUAAUGCCAUUGCCGGAUGAGGAUGUGUUAAGGUUUGAGAGAGAGAAUGCUGGUAGUGCUUCGUUUAAGUUCCAAGAGAUCCCUUUUACUAACGAGUCCUUGUGA